AAAAAAAUGGUGUCGCAUCCUCUGAUCUGAUGAAAAACUUGAAGGAGAGUUAGAGCAGAGUAAAGAAGAGAUGAGAAAGCAGAAAGAAGACUGGGAGAAGGAGAGAGAAGAAUGGUGGAACAAACAACGUCAAGAAAAUAAAAAGAGACGACAAGAGGAGCAAACAAGAAUUCAGAAGCUGCAAGAAGAAUACGAUCAGGAAAGAGAGAAACAUGAACAGCAAAGAAAAGAAGAAGAUCUAAAGAGAAGUGAACAGAAGGAGAAGGAGAGACAGGAAUUACAGGGAAAAUAUGAGAAAGAAAAGGAGGAGAUGAAGAAGAAAUAUGAAGAGGAGGCCAGAAAACAAGCUGAAGAAUUCAACGAGUUCAAACUGGAAUACGACAAGGACUCUGCCGCCUUGGUGGAGAAGCACAUGAAACAAAUAGAGGACCUGAAGAAAGAUCAUGAAGGACAAAUGCAACAGUCCAAACACAAAGAAACACAGACAAAAGAGAGUCUAGAAAAAUAUAUUAAAGAAAUGGAGGAAAAACAUGAAAAAGAACUAGUACUAAACAAAAAACUAGUACUAAACAAAAAAUACGACGACAAAUUGUGUGUCAUCCUCUGAUCUUCCCACUGACUCAUGAUCAUCAUGAAACCAGAUGGAACAUCAUGUCAACUUAAUUCAACAGCAGGUUUCUGGAUGAUUCUUCUCAACAGGGUCCAAUCAGGAGACUAAGAAAUACAACACCAAUUGUGACAUUUUCACCUUAUUUAAAUGACGAUGGCACAGUUUUCCAAACAGUUGUAGUUUGUUUGAAGCCCCGAAAAUGUUUUUACUGAUUGCAAAUGUUAGCUUUAAAAAUUACUUUUGACUUUGAUUAUCUGUUGUAAUAUUCUUCUGGACACUGUAUGUGAGCACUCAAUAAGGUUUGUUGUAUUUUGCAUUAUAAACAUAAACAAUUGUGCAAGUUAGAGAAGUCAUCUGUAUUGAGUUUGUGUCCAAACUCAUUUUAUCCCUGUGUAAAAAGCACUGCCUUUUAGCUGCAAUAUUCGUCACAGUAAUGUUCACACCGGACGCGAUGCGGUUUUGAAGCGGUUGACGCAAAGGCCGCGGCGCGAUUGAGACGAUUGAAGGAGGCCGCGACAACCGCUCGAGUUACAUUUUUUCAACUCGAGCGUCAAAUUUGCUUGACGCGUUCUCGCGGUAGCCAAUCCGUGGUGAGGACCUCAGCCUGCCGUCACUGACGUUGAAACAGAAAACCAAAACAUCAGCUCUUAGCACACAGAGCUCACAGCUCCUCAUAUCUGUUCAGAAACUGGACGAAAGUUAAACAAGUACAAACCACUGUCUGUGUCAUGGAGAAUACAGUCGCUGGUUUAUUUAUGUCUGUAGGACGUUGUUGUGAGUGUGGACGGUCGGAGCAUAUACUGCGUUAGCUUAGCCUGAUCAAUCCGAUCUCCAUUUAGAAAACACGCAUUUUAAAAAGGUUGUUCGCCUGCCGUCUGUCUGCAGACUUGUCAAAGCAUUCAUUCAUGGUUUUUACUAACCGGUAUCAGUAUGUUGUUACUUCGGCAUCAUUUAGAAACGUGUAUUACAAUUAAAUCACGGUUAAAUAUGUUCAUUUUGUUGUAGUUGGUAUCUCCCAUAGUAUUUACAUGGAGAUAACUUGUUUGAAUGAUGCGACUAAACACAGCUGACAGCCGCGGUGAAACUCGAGCGAUUAGAGAAUAUUUGCAUCGCGUCCGAUGUGAACGCAGCAUUAGUGUGUUCAUGUUUCUGAAGUUCAUUGACUUGUGUUAAUUAAAUGAAUCGCUAAUUACAAACUGUCUAAUUCUUAAUAACCCACAUAUCAAAAUAUCAGUUUUAAGCUUUGAGUGGUUUGUGCCAUCUUUUGUUUUCUUUAGAAAUAUAUCUUCCAAUAUUCAGAGCACGUGCUGCCACUAGAGGGCGCCCUGUCUGUGAGCAGCUUGUUCUUAAUGUGUUGGGAUUCCUGUUCAAUGAUCUGCAGCCUGAUGCCGUUUGUCACUGCAGUGAGAGUUAGCAUAUGCUUCCUGUUCCUGUCAUUAUCAUAACUAUCAGCCAUUUUCGUUUUACAAUGUGUUUUGCCUCAUUGUUGCUUUAAUAAAUAUAUAAUUCAAAUGU